UCACUGCCAUAUAACUUUCGAUAUUAUCCAUUGAAUAUAUUGUUCAUUGUGAUACACUUUGUAAAAUUAUUACGUGUUUUUAAUCCGUUCGAUGACAAAUCUUAUAAUGUCGUAGAAAGUGAGAGAGCUCGUCGAAGCUUAGUUCCCAUAGAAAUGAUGCUGCAUGACAUAGAAAAGCCUGAUAACAGAGGAAGAACACCAUUGAUGUUAGCUGUUACUUUGGAUCAUACCGAAUGUGUUGGAAUAUUGUUGCAGCAUGAAGCUAAUGUUAACACAGAAAAUACUCAAGGAUGGACUGUGGUCCAAGAAGCAGUUGGGACAGGGAAUCCUGAGCUACUACAGAUGGUGCUAGCACGUAGGGAUUAUCAAAGAUAUUGCAAUCGAGUAGCUGGUAUUCCAGAGUUACUUCACAAACUUAAGCAAGCUCCUGAUUUUUAUGUAGAAAUGAAAUGGGAAUUCACUAGUUGGGUUCCUCUCGCCUCUAGAAUGUGUCCUAGUGAUACUUACAAAGUAUACAAACAAGGGAGUAAUGUGAGAAUCGACACGACAUUAUUGGGGUUCGAUCACGUGAAUUGGCAACGCGGGAAUCGUAGUUACGUCUUCAAAGGACAAACUGCAUCAAAUGUACCUGUGGCAAUUAGAUGUGAACGGAGUUAUGUGUUCAGUAUGGUGGGACAAGAGUCAGAUGAUGGAGCAACGAUGAUGGAAGUUGAUCAUGAAACGAGAAAGGUGUAUGUUGAACAUAUGAAAUUAAUAGAUGUUGAUAAUAUACAAUUAAUGGAACCCUCUGAAGAAGGUGUAUUAGCUCGCCUUACAAAUCCUAUAGUUACUACGUACAUAGACACGGAUAAAAUUAGUUUCGAACGCAAUAAAGCUGGUUUGUGGGGUUGGCGUUCGGACAAAACCGAAAUAAUAAACGGACACGAUUGUAAGGUUUUUAGCGCAAGUAACGUAGAAUUAAUAACUAAGACACGAUUAGAACAUUUAUCCGAACCAGAUAAAAUAAGGGCUCGUGCUCCACGCACGCCUCUUCAGUCAUUUCUUGGGAUAGCGGAACAGCAAGAGAACUGUGUUAGCGCAACUACUAGUGAAGAAUAUAACAAUGUUGGAAAUCCUUCUAAUAUUACGGCCGAGGAGUAUUUUGAUCCAGAUGUUGAUCUAAAUGGAAGGGAUAUAGGUAGACCAAAAGAAGUUAAUACAAAAAUACAAAAAUUUAAGGCAACUUUGUGGCUUAGCGAAGAAUAUCCCCUUAGUCUUCAAGAACAAAUCAUGCCAAUUGUCGAUUUAAUGGCAAUAUCUAGUUCGCAUUUCGCUAAAUUAAAGGAUUUCAUUCAGAUGCAAUUACCAGCUGGAUUUCCUGUGAAAAUUGAAAUUCCUCUGUUUCAUAUAUUAAAUGCAAGAAUUACGUUUGGAAAUAUUUUCGGUAUGGAUCAGGAGGUACCUCAUGUGGGUCAUUUGCAAGAAACUAAUAGUAUGACGUGUUUAGUUGACGACACUUGCUUCGAAGCACCGACGGGUUACGUCAAACUAGGUGCUGAAGUUCGAACGCAGUUCAGUAUCGAGGAGGAGGAUGACUUGUUACAAUUCGCUAUUCAGCAAAGUUUAUUAGAAGCUGGAAGUGAACGUGACGAGGUUGACAUAUGGGAAGCUUUAAGAGCCCAGAAACCAUCCCGACCAACAACACCAAACAUGACCGCGGAGGAGGAAAGGCAACUUCAAAGAGCUAUUCAGGCAAGCCUGGCGCUGUACCAGGAGAGUGCUGCUGCAUGUGCGAGCGGUCGGACUAACGCGAACAGAACCAGCGACACAGAGGAUCCGGACGCACUCGAGGACACAGCGGAACAAUUGAGACUAGCAUUAAGAUUGUCCGAGCAACAACAACUUGAAGAGGAGCAACGACGGUUGCUGGAAGAAGAAACGUUCCGGCAAGUGUUGGAGCUGUCCCUUACAGACAAGUGAACUGUACGAUGUGCAAUUUAGUCUUUAAUGAAAUUCGAUCAAGUUGUACUUCCACGACCACGAGAAAUCUUCCGGCCGCGCAAUGUCGAGACUGUCGAAUAAGAAACAUUUCCUACGAUUCAUAACGUGCAUCAUCCAACAGCGAUUCUUGCUGCAGAGAACAAGUCGCUCCCUCAGCUGUAAAGCAACUAGACGUAUAGUAGUCCGAUGUCCUUUUUAGUUGGGGGAAGUUUAUAUCGUCCCUCUCAUAAGAAUCACUUCUGGACGCUGUAUAUCGAGAACUAGAACUGUUGGCUGCAACAGAUAUUUGUUACUGUGGGGGAUGAUGAUAAUAGUACAGCAUACAGAUCAAACAGCGAAGAUCGUAUACAACAUUAACUAUGAAAGUAAAUGAUUUAACUUAUGUUAUUUAUUUCUUAGCUACAUUUUAUAUGAAAGGAACGUCUUAGUAGUAUACGAGGAUCACGAUACGUAAAGAUAAGAAGUCUUGAAAAUUACAAUCGCUCUGGCGGAUCAUCAUGUCGGAACAUUUUUCUUCGAGUCUGAGAAUAUAUUCGAACGAUUUAUCAAUCAAAUGAAAAAUUCAUCUUGUUGAAAGUGCGUGCUGUAAGCUACGACUGUCAAUCAACGGAAAAUAAAAAGCUUGUAAUUCUCAAGCCUUCAACAUUAUUCGUUUUGUCCUUUUUCCUGGCAUUAGAUUCUCUUCUCCAAAAGUUGUUUGGUAACGAAAUCGAUCAAGUGACAUUUAAAGAAUUUAUAUAUCUUAAUUCUUCGUAACAGUAUACUAAAAGCUGCCUCUCUUAAUAUUCGAGCUAUGGAAAAUUAUUCCAAGUUCCUUUUUAUACCCGUGAUAAAAAUAUUUAUAAGUAGCAUUUCAAUUGAUUAAGAAUAAUGGUAAUGUAAUGGAAGUUUGUUAUUUAUUCCUUAUAGUAUAUUCAUCGUAGAUAAAUAAUUUUAUCGGUAUAUUUACUAAAAAUCUGUUGUCAGUGAAUCGCAAUUGGUAUCGAGAAUCAAACAUAAUUGUAUAUAAGUAUAUUUAUAAAUUGUUACAUCCCGAAUCUUUGUCUAUAGUCAUAAUUGUUUAUAACGAUUGAUAAUAACUAUUCAGGAAAAGAAUAUUGUUCUUUAAAUGAAUAUAGAUUUAAAUGAAGCUUGUCUGUUGAAUCAGGAUUAUUCUAAAUAAAACGCAGUUUUUAGAUAGUUCACUUUAUUCUUCUAAUUUUAAUGUAUGAAGAUGAUCGAUAGUAUAAUACUACAUGUAUCAGUUAUCAAAAUACUCAAGUUCCUAGUCUACAGGGGAGAAUAAAUUCUUGCGAUCUUCAUGCGACAAUGAUUCUAAUAUGUUUGGUUCUCGAGUAUAAGGGCAUCAUUAGGAAAUCAUUGGAUUAGUACUUCGCUAAACCAUUAAUAAAAUAAUUAAGCUCUACAAUGAAAUAUUUACGGACAAAUGCAGUAUGGAAAAAAAAGUUUCAGGAAGUUUUGGAUGAAGUCUCAAUUGGGUUCCUAAAGAUCUUCGAUUAGGAGAAGUCAUCGUUCAUCGUUAUCUCAUUCGAAAUGUUAAUUUAAUUUGCCGAACAAUUUCUUAAACUUACCAGAGAUAUCAAAUUUUUUUUUUCUUUAGUAUUCCUUGACUGUCUUGACAUUUUCAACCAGACUUUAUGAUUGGUAGUAAUAUCUUUCGACUUGAAUCAUAUCAAUAUUUUAGAAGAAAUUUUAUUGGACAGACUUUUUACCCGCCAUGUGAUUCCUUUACUACGCUAACAACUUAAAAUAUAAUUGCGCUAUAUUAAUUAUAUUGUAACAAAAAGAUAUAUUUCUACAAGUAGCAUAUAGCAGAUAUAAUUAAGGGUAUAAAAUAAAUCGUGUGUAGAAAAACGACAAGUACAUUCUAUACCAAUCAAAUACAGAUUUUGGGAAACUGAUCAAUACUGAUGUGGAUGAACUACUCGAAUUCUGAUUGUGCCCUGAAAUAAAAAUGUUUUUUAUAAUAAAGUGCGUCUAACAACAUGAAAUUCAAUCUGAUAAUAUUUUUGCAGUGUCCCAAUGAAAAAUGAAUAUUUUUAUGCAUCUUGCACACCAUACCUUUUAAAAAUAGUAUUCAGUAUAUUUGCACUCUGUACAAAACGUUGUUCAUUCUUGUGAGCUUGUUGAUGCCACUUUUUACGUACCGCAUUCCAAUGUGUUCUAUGUUCUCUUAACAAUGUUUCUCGUGAUUUCAGACACUGUCCGUCCUAGAAUAUAAUAUAGAUAAAAUAAAUAUUUAUUAUGAUUAUACAUCUAUGAUAAUUGUAUCCCCUUGUUAAGAGGAUAAUGUAUGUAAAUUUAUCUGAACAUUUUACAUAAUCUAAAUUCAACUCUUCCUUUUCUCUGGGUAUUGGUGAAGGUAUACGGUUCCUAGGUAUUGCUUCUUCACAAGGCAAUGGAGGUGGCAAAUAAUAUACAUCACGAACUUCUCCAUUAGUAUCCAGUAUAUUGUUACUUAUAUUAACUUCAUUUACUAUUUCUGGACUUGGGCUACGCACUCUAAAAUCAAAUAAAAGUAUAAAAUCAUUUCCUGGUUUCGAUCUGUAUUAUGGUAAAGGUCUAUGGUUGUAUUUUAAAUUUAUGAACAAUCAUUUGGAUUAACGUAAAGAUGAUAUGAAUAAUGAAGAAUUAGAUACAUGUAUAAUUUUAAUAAUUCUAUUUAAUUACUUACUUUGGAACAAGAUUAGGAUUCCGGGGUUGAUUAGCCAUCCAAGCUCUACAUAUGGGAUAAAGUGGUGUGUCCUCUUGAAACUGUGCCAAAUCAAC